AUGAAUCGUUCUGAUGCAGAGGUUGCUGAAUUAAUGGCUUGGCGUAGGGAGCACCAUUUAUGCGCCGAUAGGGAAGCAACUGCAGGUAUUACUAUGGAAUAUAUCGAACGCGAACCAAAGAAUUUUCAUUUUUUCAACUACGACCCAACGUUGGGCCCAACUGAUUUAUCAAAUGUCAGUCUAAAGCGUGAUGAAAAUCAGGAUACUGCCGUAUUUUCUAUUCCUCUUUCCUUCACCGAAUCUUCUAAAACUAAAUACAUUAGCCAUGGUAGAAGCGAAUUGGGAUUAGAUCUCCAAUCAGUUCUUACACCACAUAAUGGCACAAUAUAUCCACUUGUAAAAUGA